AUCAUUACAACAUCCACAUCGGAAGAAGUUGUCCUGUUGCAUGGUCAUUUCCAGCAGCUCGGUGCAGUAUUUCAGCAGUACAAGUUCAGUUUGCUAUUAUCCUCACACCCGAUUGGUUCAAAAUCGUUUUGACACCAUUGUGUAUGAUUUGUUGGGUGCAAAUUUUGAGUGUAUGUGAUUUGUUAAAUUAUUCACCGGAUUUUAUCAGUGAUGUACUUGACAUUCUCAAGAGAUAAUAGCUAAUCAUUAUGAACCGAACUGAUCGAUACAAAUUGUUUUAGUUCGUGUUUUUCCAGCGCCGAUCGAAACUGUUUUUGAAAAUGGGAGCUUCAUCUGGUAUGAAGAUCUACAUCAUCUCAGCUAUCGCUCAGAUCGUCUCCUUCGUUUGCGGUACCUGCCUAACAUGGUUUUCACCUAUUCAAGUGAAACUAAGCGCAGGUGACACACCCCUAGACCAGCAAUAUGAUAACAGCAGCCCAGAAUCAGUAUGGAUGUCUUGCCUGCUGACAGUCGGUGCUAUUUUUGGCGCCCCCUUAUUCGGCUUGAUGGCCGGUCAGUUCGGGCGGAAGCCAAUCUUGGUGUUCCUCGGAGUCCCUUUCCUCGUCAGCUACCUUUUACUGGCCUUCAGCGGAAACCUUUACUGCUUUCUCUUCGCUAGGGCGUUCGCUGGACUGGCACUUGGGGGAGUAUUCACUGUUAUACCGAUGUACAGUGGCGAGAUCGCUGAGGACUCCAACAGGGGAAUGCUAGGGGCAGCUAUGAACGUUUUCAUCUGCCUCGGACUGCUAACAUCAGUGACACUAGGUCCUUACGUCGAAUUCAUGUGGUUCAACUUGAUCCUGGCCAUAUUCCCUGCUAUCUUUAUAGUUCUGUUCUUCAUUUUCUGCCCGGAGAGUCCGUAUUUCCUCAUCAAGAAAGACUACAGUAAAGCUGAAGAAUCGCUAAGGUCCAUAAGAGGCACCUACGAUGUUAGCAAAGAACUGAGCGAAAUAAAAGUAACUGUUGAGAAAUCUGAAGGUGGAUCUUUCAUGGAUAUUUUCACUGAUAGGGGAAACCGCAAAGCUUUCCUCAUCGGAGCAGGACUCAUAUUCUUCCAGCAAUUCUCAGGGAUCAACAUAGUGCUCUUCAACGGUACAACCAUCUUCGAAGCAGCUGGUGGCAGUAUGCCGAAGGAAUACGGACCUAUCAUCAUAGCUUUGGUGCAAUUCUUAACCAGUUUUAUCACACCAAUAGCUUCCGAUAGGUCGGGAAGAAAGAUUCUGCUAAUCAUAUCGCAUGUUUGCAUGUUGGUGGUGCAGAUAUUCAUCGGUUUGUACUUCUUCAUGCAGAAAAACGACAAGAGUUCUGUCGAAAAUUACAGCUGGCUUCCUGUCACUACUCUGGUUAUCUACAUCACAGCUUACAACACAGCGUCUGGACCUAUCCCAUGGGCUGUGUUGGGAGAACUGUUUCCUUCUAACAUAAAAGACUUGGCAGCAUCAGGGGCAUCAGCGGUAUGCUGGAUUUGCGGUUUCAUAAUCACAUAUACGUAUCCCACCCUCAGUGAAUCCAUAGGGAUGGGAAUCAUCUUCUGGUUUUUCUCAGGAUGUGGUGUAUUCGCUACGUUGUUUGUCGUAUUUUUCGUGAUCGAAACAAAGGGCAAGAGCUUACAACAAAUUCAAGAUGAACUCAAUUCAUGAUUGGAGUUAGAGGGACGCAAGUUAGUGCAAUUCGGACUAUAGGAUGAGGAAUAGUUCAGCUUGGAAAGUUAUAUAGGAAUAAAGAACGACGAACUUAUAUUUAUCCAACUUGGAUCAUUGAAUUUUUCCUUUAAGAGUGCUGUGGUAUUUAGAAAAUUGAGGAAAAAUGUAAAUAUAAACGACUUUUUUUAAGUCAUUAAUCUUUAAUCAUUCCAUAUUUAUUUAUAUUUCGUAUGUUAAAAUAAAAAUGAUGGAUUUGUA